CUAUUCUCUUCAUCCAUUGCUCCUAACUCCGUUCACUCCGUUUUCUUGUUCUCCGUUUGCUUUCCCUCAUUGCAGUCUGCCUUUUCUCCAUUAUUUUCUUCAUUUUGGUCUUCUUCUGCAAGUUUAGCUCUACUGAAUCUGUAGCGGAGGAGAGGAGCCAUGGCUGAUAAUAGAUUUUUUGGCCGCGUUCAUAGCGUUCGUGAGCGGCUUGGAGACACACUUUCAGCUCACACAAAUGAGUUGCUUGCACUCUUCUCAAGAUUUGUCAAACAAGGGAAGGGGAUGUUACUGCCCCACCAGAUUCUGGCCGAGUAUGAAUCUGUGAUCCCUGAAGCAGAUCGUGAGAAGCUCAAAGGUGGUAUUUUUGAAGAUGUUCUCAAAGCUUCUCAGGAGGCCAUAGUUGUACCUCCAUGGGUGGCGCUUGCAAUCCGACCAAGGCCUGGAGUGUGGGAAUAUGUGAGGGUUAAUGUAAGUGAAUUGGCUGUGGAGGAGCUCACAGUGCCUGAGUACUUACAGUUCAAGGAAGAGCUCGUGGAUGGGAGAUCUCAGAGCAACUUCACUUUAGAGUUAGACUUUGAGCCCUUUAAUGCAUCCUUCCCUCGCCCCUCCCUUUCGAAAUCCAUUGGUAAUGGUGUGCAGUUUCUGAAUCGCCAUCUUUCCUCGAAACUGUUCUAUGACAAGGAAAGCCUGUAUCCGCUGCUCAAUUUCUUGAGGCAUCACCAUUAUAAUGGGGUGAGCAUGAUGCUGAAUGAUAGAAUUCAAAGCCUAACUGCUCUCCAAACUUCACUAAGGAAGGCUGAGGCACAUCUACUCGGUAUCCCACCGGACACACCUUAUUCAGAGUUCAACCAUAGGUUCCAAGAGCUUGGCUUGGAGAAAGGUUGGGGCGAUACAGCCGAGCGCGUGAAAGAGACCAUUCAUCUUCUCCUUGAUCUUCUCGAAGCCCCCGAUCCAUGCACGUUGGAGAGCUUCCUUGGUAGAGUUCCCAUGGUGUUUAACGUCGUCAUCUUAUCGCCUCACGGCUACUUCGCUCAAGCUAACGUCUUGGGUUAUCCCGACACCGGCGGCCAGGUUGUGUACAUUUUGGAUCAAGUUCGUGCCUUGGAGAAUGAAAUGCUUCUCAGAAUAAAGCAACAGGGGCUUGAUAUCACUCCAAGGAUUCUCAUUGUGACCAGAUUGCUGCCAGAUGCAGUAGGAACCACUUGUGGGCAGCGUCUAGAGAAGGUUAUUGGGACUGAGCACACACACAUUCUUAGAGUUCCCUUCCGAACAGAAAAAGGAGUCAUUCGGAAAUGGAUAUCGCGUUUUGAAGUGUGGCCUUACGUCGAAACUUUCUCUGAUGAUGUAGUGAACGAGUUGGCUAGAGAGCUGCAGGCAACCCCGGAUCUCAUUAUUGGAAACUAUAGUGAUGGAAAUCUCGUAGCUUCUUUGUUGGCGCACAAACUCGGAGUUACUCAGUGCACAAUUGCUCAUGCCUUGGAGAAAACCAAGUACCCAAAUUCUGAUAUAUAUUGGAAGAAUUUUGAGGAACAAUAUCAUUUCUCUUGCCAGUUCACUGCUGAUCUUAUUGCCAUGAAUCAUGCUGAUUUCAUUAUCACGAGCACAUUCCAGGAGAUUGCUGGAAGUAAGGAUACUGUGGGGCAAUAUGAAUCACACACUGCUUUCACUCUUCCCGGACUCUACCGAGUCGUUCAUGGCAUCGACGUCUUCGAUCCCAAGUUCAAUAUCGUCUCCCCUGGAGCAGACAUGUCGAUCUAUUUCUCCUAUGCUGAGGAGAGCAAAAGGCUUACCGCACUUCACCCUGAAAUUGAAGAACUGUUAUUUAGUGAUGUUGAGAACAGUGAGCACAAGUUUGGGUUGAAGGACAAGAACAAACCUAUCAUCUUCUCCAUGGCUAGGCUCGAUCGAGUGAAGAACAUUACAGGCCUUGUUGAGCUCUACGGGAAGAAUCCUCGUCUGAGGGAGCUUGUUAACCUCGUGGUGGUUGCUGGAGACCAUGCGAAGGCAUCUAAGGAUCUUGAGGAACAAGAGGAGAUGAAGAAGAUGUACAAGUUUAUCGAAGAGUACAAGCUCGACGGCCACAUAAGGUGGAUUUCAGCUCAGAUGAACAGAGUCCGCAAUGGCGAGCUGUAUCGCUACGUCGCAGACAAGAAGGGUGCAUUUGUUCAGCCUGCAUUCUAUGAAGCUUUCGGAUUAACGGUUGUCGAAUCUAUGACCUGCGGUCUGCCGACGUUUGCCACUGUGCAUGGAGGACCUGGAGAGAUCAUAAUACACGGAGUUUCAGGUUUUCACAUUGAUCCAUAUCAGGGCGAUAAGGCUGCUGAGCUGCUCGUGAACUUCUUCGAGAAGAGCAGGGAGGAUCCCGGUUACUGGACGAAGAUCUCCAACGGAGCCAUCAAGCGAAUCGAGGAGAAAUAUACCUGGAAGCUCUACUCUGAGAGAUUGAUGACGUUAUCUGGCGUUUAUGGUUUCUGGAAGUAUGUCUCGAAUUUGGAUAGGCGUGAGACCAAGCGCUAUCUUGAGAUGUUUUAUGCGCUGAAAUACCGUAAUCUGGCAUUGUCUGUUCCUCUGCAUUCUGAUGAAGAGGCGGUUGUGAAUGGAACAAAGUGAGGUUGUGCUAGCUGUGAGUUUCGGUGAGGGUUGUGAGAUUGGCUUGUGUUGUUCUGUUUCUGCUGCGUGUUUUGAAUUCAUAAUGUUUGCGUUUUUGGCCCAAAAAUGUCAUAUUUGUAAUGGAAUUUCGAGGUUUCGGUUUGAAUGUGAUUUGAUGUUUUUAUCGCAAA